AUAGAGUGUAAACAACGCACGAAGGACGAAGACGUCAGAGUGCGACUCGGGCUGGAGGAGAGAAGUACGAAAGGGAGGGAAGUCCGUCGUCAUGAAGAUUAUUUUCCUAUUGUGUUUCUCGACAAUAAGUUUUGUGAAUGCGAGAUCCAGUAACAUUCUCCCUUUCCACGCGUGCGAAACGAAUGCCUUCCCACCGAGUCAAAGCGAUGCCGUUCCACGCUUCACCAUCGACCUGGACCUCCCCCCGCGGGAAAGAUGGGCUGAACUCAUGGCAAAGAAGGGGCAUCAGGUGGUGGGGCUUAUAGAUGAUGUAAAGACUUUAAUGUUAUCACUCCUUGGAGAUAAAAUCUUCUACUUUAUCUAUGACAACUUACCAAAGGUUGCCACCUCUCUACCCCACCCAUAUGAUGAAGAAAUCAUCGGAAUCUCGAAGGUCACAGGACUCCCCCUUCCAGAAACAACUCUCUAUAACAUUUUCUAUGAGGUGUUCAGCUUCUGUACCUCAAUCAUCACAGAAGAUGAAACUGGCAGAUUGUACCAUGGCAGAAAUCUUGAUUUCGGAUUACUUAUGGGGUGGGAUACAAAAAAUCAUACAUGGCGUGUAUCUGAGCUACUAAAGCCUCUUGUUGUUCAUCUAGAAUGGAAGAAAGGAGGAAAAACAGUAUAUGAAUCAAUAAACUAUGCUGGGUAUAUUGGAAUUCUCACUGCAGUCAAGAAGGAAAAGUUCACCUUCAGUUUAGAUGAGAGAUUUGUAUUAAAUGGUGGUUACAUGGGAUUUCUGGAGUGGAUCCUGUUUAAGGAUUAUUCACAAAAAUGGGUAUCAUUCUUGACACGAGAAGUGAUGGAAGAAGCCCAAAGCUAUGAAGAAGCAAAGAAAAUGUUCUCACAUUCUCGUCUUAUUGCACCAGCAUACUUCAUCCUAGGAGGCUCAAAACCUAGAGAGGGCACCAUUAUUACACGAUGGCGAGACAACUUCCACACAGAUGACCUCUUCUCAAAAAAAUCUGGCUCAGGAACAUGGUAUCUUGUAGAAACAAACUAUGACCAGUGGAAGUCACCCCCUUUUUAUGAUGACAGGAGGACACCUGCUGUCACCUGUUUGGAUAAGUCAGGACAGAAAAAUGCAUCUCUUGCACUUAUUUACAAUGUUCUUUCAACAAAACCUGUUUUCAAUAAGCUAACUACUUAUACAAGUCUGAUGGAUGUGCAAGAAGGUUACAUAGGGGCAUGGCUCAGAUACUGUGAAGAUCCCUGCUGGCCAUGGUGAGCCAAGUUCUUUCAAGUGAUUGAGGUUUCCAGUUUACAUAAGAAACAUUUGUAUAUUCUAAGUUAGGGAAGUAUUUAUGCAGUAAUGGGCAUUAUGGAAACUAUGACUACCUAAAUAGAAAUCUAUUAUAUACAGCUACUUCCUUUUUUGUAUACGUAUAUAUGUCAUAUAUUUAUAUAUUUGCUUUUAGCUAUGUUAUGCAUGUUCUUCAUAACUAUAUUGUGCUAGAGUUCUUGUCAUAUUCUUUUUAGAAAUAGGUUUGCAUAACAAUGUUGUUUACACUGUAUAAAGAUACAUAAUUCUGUGCUCUAUGCCAUGUUAAAUCAAAUUAAUUUAAUUGAAUUUUAGAAAAGUGGCAUUCAUAAUGAAUGAUUAAGUUAUAUAGUGAUAAACUGUAUUGUUGAUUUAUGAUGUUGAGUUUCUUAUAUAUUUAGUUGUUUUUCAUAUUAAAUGAAAAGCUAAACAUAUAAUACAAGCUGUAAUAUUUUUUUCCUGAUUACUUGAUCUGUGAUUUGCAACCAAGUACAGUACUGUAUUAACAGUAAUAUUACAAGUCAGUAUUUUUAUUUAUAAAUCAAUAUUUUAUUGUGACAUUAUGUUUUUAAGAAAAUUAUUUUGUGAAUCAAAUUUGCAUGACGUGUAUUUAAUAUAUGAUAUACUGUGUUAACAAAUACCUUAUUCCAUGUGACUGUUUCUAGAGAAUCCACAAAGCAUCCAACAGGUUUUGGCUUUUCUUUGUUUAAAGGAAUUCUCUUGAGUGUGUAUCUAUAAUGCAUGUCUUUAAGUUAAGUUUGUGCAUAGUUGUUUAUAUUAAUUUGUGCAACUUCCUAAUUAGUUAAGUUUUUAUAAACUUGUGAUUUGUCCCAGUGCAUAAGAUCAGUACAACACCAGUGUAAAUUUGCAAUUUUUAUAUAUGAAAUACACAUAAUAUAAACACCAAAUUGCACAAGCAACAAAGAUACACAAACAUGUAUAUUUAGCGCAACCAAAGAUUAUAUUGUGUUUAUAUAAAUACAUGUACAUAUACAAUUUCACAUGUUUACUAGACUAUAUGUGUUUUCAAAGGGUGGUCUGACUACAGCCUAAUGGACCACUUGUGUAUUAAUUUUGUCUGGCCUGCAAGCCCUUGUAUCAAUAAAUGUAUUUAUUUUUAAAGAAGUUUUAAAAAAGUAAUGUAUUUGCCUCUAUAAUUAUGCAUGUGAAAUAUUAGGUUACUAGUACAACAUUUACUUUGAGUGAAAAUCUCAGUGGAAGAUUACGAUUAUGAUUUGUAGCCAAAGUCUGAUUAAAUUAAUGUUGAAGUGGCCAAUAGGGUUGAAGUUGAACCACACUGUGUGAACAUUUGUAAUAUAGAUAUAUUCAUGUGUGAUUAUAUUUAAAUAUUUUUAUUGUAUUUGGUAAAUAAUAUAAAACAAGUGAGUAUAUUUUUAAAAAUAUAACUGAACUGUUCAUCAUUUAACAUUAGAUAUACAGUAUAAAGUAUCUAAUUUGCCAGUUUCCUUAAAGGAGAAGAAAGUAUGAACAAGGAAGAAUAAUUCCACAAUGCAAGUAAAGUGUUGACCUUUCCUUAUUACCUCUUUAUGGGAAUUAUAAGUAAUAUGAAAAUGUUUAUCAUAGAUUUUGUAUCUGGAAUUCAUUCACUCUCAUAUGUACCUACUCCUGUGUCACAGUUUUCUCUCUUUUCCUCCUAACAUGUGAUAAUGUUGAGCAGAAUACGUAACAGAAAGAUUCAUAUGACCUGAGACUUUAAAUAUACACUCCUAGCAAA